GGUGGAGCAGGGCAUGGGCGUGCUGAACAGCGGCGUGGUGUACGCGCUCUGGGAUUACAGCGCCGAGUUCGGCGACGAGCUCUCGUUCCGCGAGGGCGAGCCGGUGACCGUGCUGCGCCGGCAGCCCCCCGAGGAGCUGGACUGGUGGUGGGGGUCCCUCUACGGCCACGAGGGAUACGUCCCCCGCAACUACUUCGGGCUCUUCCCGAGGGUUCGGCCGCAGCGGAAGAAAAUCUGAGGGGGGGUCCCGGCCCCCUCCCCAAAUUCGGGACACGCCCCCUUCGCCGCCCCUCCCCCUCCCGCGGUGGCCCCGCCCCUUUUUUUGGGAAUUUUUUGGGAAUAAAAACCUUUGGAUGCUC